GACAGACGACAGACACAAGAACAGAGUUUACGAGAAAGAGAGUGUGUCACAUCGUACGAAUGGUGGACACACGCACACACACACACAGACACACACACACACACAGACACACACACACAGACACACACACACACACGCUUGAGUGGCUCAGUCUCACUUUAACGCAGACUUUCUCCAAUGGAAUGGAAGACGAUCAGGGAGUGUGUCGCGCUCACGCUUUCACACGUGUGUGUGUGUGUGUGUUAUAAAAUCCCAGAAGCCACCUGCUGUAAACACCUACCCCUGUGUUGACUGUUGAAUUAACUCAGUAACACUGACCGCUCUGGAACUUCUCAGAACUCCUGAAUCAUUUCCGUCUGAGACAAAAAGUCCUGCAGAUACCACGUCCUGCUCCUCGGUUCACUGCUGGUGUGUCGGUGAGGGCACAAACCAAGUCCUGUUCCACGGCUCAGAAGCUUGUGAAGAAACCCUGAUUUCCUGGUCAUUUUUCUCAACCUUCCUGACUCACCAUCACACCUAAUGAAGCUUGACAAGACUCGUGAUGUCCACCAUGUUCCUCCGCCCUCUAACCACGUCUUCUGGGAUUCUGGGAAGUUCGGUGAAGGCAGUGGCACGUGAGACCAGGACCAGAGCUAAUGUGGUGUUGGAAGAGGCUUCAGACGUCCUGUUUCUCCUCCUGAACCUGGUGUUGUCCGAACUCUCUCACCCUGAAGCCAAACCCCUCGACUUUGUGUGUGUCAAUGAUGUGAGGAAGGUCAUGAACAAGGUCAAGGAUCUCCAAGAAGAUCUGGCCCACUGCGGCACUGCAGCGCUUCUCCCUGUUCCAGUCCGAACUCCCUACAUCAGGGUGAACUUCCAGACCUGGCAAAGCAAACCUAUCCCAGUGCGCAGAGCUGAGAUCCUGCAGUCUUUGCGGAUGUUAGCGCAGGAUAUUCACCAUGCCAGGAAUCAAAGCCAAGACCAGUGUGCGGUCAGACUGCUGGACCGCCUGGAGCACAACAUCAACAACUACAUACACACUCUCACACAGAUCCACACCCAGAGUGGACCGGAUGGGCUGAAAGUUCAGGCCCCUUCUUUUCAUCACUUCACGAAUCUAAGUUUGGUCCUCCAACACUUCGACCGUCUGAUCUCCAGGAAACUGGAGUGGCUUGUGAAUGAAAUGGCGCGAGAGUGUGAGACAGAAACAGACCGUUAAAAACCCCAAGCCAGGGCGUCAGGGGCAGGAGAACAGAAGGUCAGACACUUGAUAGGACGCCUACGGAGGCUGCGUAGAAACAUGGAGACAGAGCGCCAUCUGCUGGUGACAGAGUCCACCCUGUUCCUCGUUCACUUGUGGAGUCCAGACGGACAUUUAAACGAUGCAGAGAAGACUAAAUGGACGUGCUAAACGCUUUCACCUUCUUCUGGACCUUCGAUCUGAAAUCUGUGAAAUAUAAAAGCUUAUUUUUAUACAGAGAGAUUGUAUUUUCUUUAAAAAUGUCAUUAAUACACUCCAUUGUAAUAAGAUGACUCCAUUUACACUUUAUUACAAGAUUAUUUUUUUCCUGCUCUGAUUAUUUAAAUGUAUUUUCUUUUCUGCUGGUGUUCCUAGUGUUACACCUUUGAUGUGAAAAAGUAACAUUAGUUCAAGUUAAUUUAUAGGAAUAUUCCAGGCAAAAUUUCCCCAAAAUGACCAGAAAUGACCUCGCGGUGUGUCCUUCUUUAGAUUUUGCCCAAGAGAGUGUGGCUAAUGAGAAAUAUAGCUCGAUUGUUAAUCUGCUUGUUUAAGUCACUGAGACAUUUUCAUGAAUUAAGUUUAGACCAUGGCCUGUGCCUGAGUGGCCUACAGUUACAUUUUGGCUGAACUUUUUUGGUAAAAUGUGUAUUUUAAAUGUUUUACACACUGUAAAGUCGGUUGUGAAAUUGUGUAAAUAACCCUCAGCAUUUAAUGCUAAUAUUAAUCCUCAGUGGAUAUUUUCAGUGUCUUUAUCGUUAUAUAAACAACACAAUGAGCCACAUGUGCAGGCUGCAGACAUGUCAGGAGGUUUUGUUGGUCUGUUUGCUGUGUUUCUGUUUCUGUUCCUAUUUAGUUUUUAUUUUUGUUGUUCCUGGAUUUCUGUGAAAGAUCUCAGUGUUAACUUGUUGCUAUGAAAUGUACUUUAUUUCUUUAAAAAAAGUUUCUGUUAACCUGUCCGCAGACUAUGGCUUAAAAAAAGAUCGAUUAGCAGUAAAACUUAUUUUUUAA